AAAAAAACAAUAAAAAAGAACAUGCCGCUCGGGUUCGUGAACGGCGGCAGCGGCAACAGCCCAGAGGAGCUCUUCCGGAGCAUCCCGCCCGUCUCCAAGGUGCUGAUAUUGGGGAUGGUGGGCACGAUGUUCUCCAUCGUGCUGGGCGUUUGCUCACCCUACGAGUACGCGCUCUCGUGGCCGCUGGUCUGGAACAAGUUCCACCUGUGGCGGCUCUUCACUUCGGGCAUCUUCCCGGGAAAGCCCGGCUACGGCGCCCUCAUGUCGAUCUUCUCCAUCGGAAUGUUCUCGAUCAGGUGGUCUGGCCACCAGGAAAAGAGUUUUUUUGGCGCGGGUAUGCGCGGCGAUGGAUUUCCGUUGGACAUUUCGCUUAGUGCUGUUUUUCUGAGGGCGUGGAGUCACGCGGCAAGCAAGUCUGUUCGGCCGUUAUUUGUGCGUGUUAGGCCCGAGUCUGUCUCGAGUCCAAAUACGUACACCUCACUUUUGAUGUUGCGAUUGAGCACCGCCUGUUUCGCGGGGAAGGGUUAGUGGUUAGGUGGCGGCCCAUGGCCUGUAAUGGCACAGCGGUGAUGGCAUGGUAUGUCGCUUUCGCUGUUGUGCGGAUGAGACGCAUGCCAACAAGGCUUGUUUCGGAGGCUAUGAUCACUUCCUCAGCAAGUACUCAGAAAACUGAUUGCGGGAAGGUUUGACCGACCCAUCUCGCUGCUCGCGCGCAGGCGUGUGUGCACGUGAGUCGCCUCAAAUUUGAAGCCGCAGUAGACGAGCGAGAGAAGAAGAGUUGGAUCACCGUGCUUUCGGUGUGCGUGCGUGUCAUCUGCACCUGUUACUAGCUUCUUUUUAAAGGGUUUAGCCUUGCUUUGGUCGACAAUGAGAAGGCGUUUGUUGAGUUGGUUUUGCAUGGUGGUGCUACAUUUAACGUGCCGGUUUUUGUUCAUCGACAAUAUGCAGAGGCCCAUCGGGCGACUGUUUAGUACAUGUGUGUUGCCUCAGAGCCAACUGGGCGCAACGAUAAUAUGCCGGACAUCCCAGGGAAGAAGGGCGCUCAGACUAGUAGUGUAGCAGAGCCUCAGACACAUUGCAAGGGCGCAAAGGACCACACUGCAGUUGUUUUUUUUCCGCGAAGGUGUUUGUUUUACCGACUGUGAGCUGCAUCGGUCCUGCUCCUGCUGUGUAUCGCGCAUGACUG